CCUUGUAUUCUAAGUUCUAACAGUCGACAACAUUUUACAUCCCUUGCUGUUCCAAACAUGAAAACCUCACUUCAGGAUUUUGUUGUUGGAAUUCCAAUAAGAUCAGAAGAACUCCGAGUUGAUAGGUCACUGAAGAGAUACUUACCUGACCCUGCAGAUUCAGUGCCUAAUAGGAAGAACAAGGCAAGUAAAAAAGGAGACAGUUUUGCGCAUGGAGUCCGAGAGCAUGUGAGACAUGGACCCAAUAUCACUGAAACUGUGAAGGGGAAGUUGAGCUUGGGGGCUAGGAUUCUUAAAGUAGGUGGUGUGGAGAAAGUGUUCAGACGGUUAUUUAGUGUUAGAGAAGGAGAGAAAUUACUGAAGGCUUCGCAGUGCUAUUUAUCAACCACAGCAGGUCCUAUUGCAGGCCUCCUCUUUAUCUCCACAGACAAUGUUGCAUUCUGCAGUGACAGAUCAAUCAAAAUCUCUUCUCCAAAUGGAGAGAUGAUAAGAAUCCACUACAAGGUCUUGAUUCCACUGAGGAAGAUAAAGAGAGUUGAGCAAAGUGAGAAUGUGAAGAAGCCUUCACAAAAGUACAUGGAAAUAGUUACUGUCGACAAUUUUGACUUUUGGUUUAUGGGUUUCUUAAGUUAUCAGAAAUCUUUCAAGUGUCUUCAGGAAGCUAUUUCACAAGCUUAGAGGAAUGCUAGUCAUUCAAGCAGCAGAAAUGUUAAUUCCCAUCUUCUUCUCAGAUGUACAGCUAGGAAACUCUCAAUACAAUUUCAGGCGGUGUAUUUUGUAAUGAUGAAACGCUCUCUGAUUCUUCAACUAUCACUUUACUAUUCGCAGACAAAUCAGA